UCUAGAGUGGCAGCAGCACUGGGGCACUGGGGCUCCUGUGUGGAUCGUUGCUAAUGUAAAUAUAUCAUAUCCCAUUAUGAAUACCACAUAUCUGGACCCAUGAACCAACAGCCGGAACCACAUCCUGGACUGGCCUGUACUCCGAGCGCGAGCCACAUCCGCACUGCCAUCCGCGCGCUGUUUUCCAAGCAGUAAAGGUAGAAGAAAAGAGGCGUGCUCGGGCUGCUCACCGCUAUGAGGCGAAUAACGGGAAAGACCAAGGAUGAAACUUUGAUCGAGCUACAAGGAACCACAGAUUCACAGGCGACAGAUGCUAACAAUGGGAACGGCCUCAGCUCCAUGUCUGAGCGUACGCCGCCUGGAGAGACAGAAAAGCUACGCUCAGACAAAGACACAGUGUUCUUCAGGGAUGGGGUGAGAAGAAUCGAUUUUGUUUUAUCUUACGUGGAUGACAAAGAUGGAGAGAAGAAACAGGAAAGGAGGAAAGAGUUUGAAGCCAAUCUUGAAAAAAUUGGUCUCGAGCUGGAGACUGAAGACAAGUCUGAGGCAAAGGACCAAAAAACCUACUUCUUAAAGGUUCACGCUCCUUGGGAAGUGCUGGCAAAGUACGCAGAGAUUUUAAAAAUCAAAGUUCCCUUCAAAGAGAGUGACAUCCCACACGGCCAUGAUGCUGCAUUUCAUUGGCUAUCCCACCCUUUCCGACUCCCAGACACCAUCAUGCACCCAGUCAACGAUUACUUCACCUGCCCCUUUAACAAAGACAAGGAAGACUUCUUCCUCAUCCAAGACAAAGACAUUUUCUUUCCACCAUCAACAAGAAACAGAAUUGUGUACUAUAUCUUGUCUCGAUGUCCAUAUUAUAAAGAGGGAAUUAAAGAAAGAGACAAGGUUGGGGUCAAACGACUGUUAAGUAAUGGCACCUACAUUGCAGCUUUUCCACUUCACGAUUGCCGUUACUGGAAAAGAGGCGGAAAUCCUGAUUGUGAGAGUGAACGAUACAACUUAUACAAAAACUGGGCCAGGUUUCUCAGUUUUUACAAAGAGCAGCCGCUCAACCUCAUCAGGAAAUACUACGGGGAGAAGAUUGGGAUCUACUUUGCAUGGCUGGGGUUUUACACAGAAAUGCUGUUCUUUGCAGCUGUUAUGGGAGUCAUCUGUUUUAUCUAUGGGCUUCUCAGUUAUGAUGACAACAUAACAAGUAAAGAAAUAUGUGAUCCUUAUAUCGGGGGAAGUAUCCUUAUGUGCCCGCUAUGUGACAAAAAGUGUCCUUUCUGGAAGCUCAACUCAACAUGUCUAUCUUCUUGGCAAUCACACUUGUUUGACAAUGAGGGGACCGUAUUCUUUGCCAUAUUUAUGGGAAUCUGGGUGACUCUGUUCUUGGAGUUUUGGAAGAGGCGUCAGGCCCGUCUGGAGUACGAGUGGGACCUGGUGGACUUCGAGGAGGAGCAGCAGCAACUUCAGACCAGGCCCGAGUUUGAGAUCCAGUGCACUGGACGCAGACUCAACAAAAUCACACAGGAAAUGGAGCCAUAUCUUCCUAUCACCACAAGGUGCGCUCGUUUCUGCCUCUCCGGGGCCACUGUUCUUUUCUGGAUGUCCUUGAUAGUGGCAUGUAUCAUAGGGGUCAUAGCCUAUCGCCUGGCUGUGUACGCUGCCUUCGCGAGUAUCAUCAAAGACCCCAUGAGGAAGAUCCAGUUUGUAGGCAGAUUUAUCACUCCGCAGCUCGCCACGUCUGUCACCGCCUCCUGCAUCAACUUCGUCAUCAUCAUGAUCCUCAACUUCCUGUACGAGAGGGUGGCAGUGUGGAUCACUGAUAUGGAAAUCCCAAAGACUCAUCUGGAGUAUGAGAACCGUCUCACCACUAAGAUGUUCCUGUUCCAGUUUGUGAACUACUACUCGUCCUGCUUCUAUGUGGCCUUCUUUAAGGGCAAGUUUGUGGGCUACCCUGGACACUACACUUAUAUGUUCGGCAGAAGCAGCAAACUGAGAAAUGAAGAGUGUGACCCUGGAGGCUGCCUCAUUGAGCUCACUACUCAGCUGGUGAUCGUCAUGGCGGGAAAACAAAUGUGUGGGAACAUUCAGGAGGCUCUUCUGCCGGUGAUAAGAAACUGGUGGAACAGUCGUAAGACACGGCGCCACCCAGAGACACACUACAGUCGAUGGGAGCAAGACCAUGUGCUCCUUAACUUCAGUCAGCUCGGUCUGUUCUACGAAUAUCUGGAGAUGGUAAUUCAGUUUGGAUUCAUCACUCUUUUUGUGGCGUCUUUCCCUUUGGCUCCACUCCUUGCUCUUUUCAACAACAUCCUGGAGAUCCGAGUAGAUGCAUGGAAAUUUACCACUCAGUUCAGGCGCCCAGUUGCUACAAAAGCUAGAAACAUUGGAUCCUGGCAAGAGAUACUUAACGCAGUGGCCAUUUUGUCAGUCGUCACCAAUGCCUUCAUCAUGGCGUUCACAUCGGACAUGAUUCCUCGGAUGGUCUACCUGUACGCUUACAGUGGCAGGUCUUCUAUGAUGGGCUACAUCAACAACAGCCUGUCUGUGUAUCAAGUCUCUGAGAUACCAGAACCCAACAUGCCAGAAGAGCGCAGCGGCUGGUUCGACAACUCCACCACCUGCAGAUACCGAGAUUACCGGUAUCCCCCGGGACACCAGAAGGAGUACACUCACACAAUGCAGUUCUGGCAUAUUUUGGCGGCCAAAAUGGCCUUCAUUAUCAUCAUGGAGCAUAUUGUUUUUGUGGUUAAGUUCUUUGUGGCCUGGAUGAUCCCGGAUGUCCCAUCAGAUGUGAAAGCCCGUAUUAAAAGAGAGCGCUACCUGGUCCAAGAGUAUCUCCAUAACUAUGAAGUGGAACGAGUCAAACUCCAGCUCAGUGCUAGUUUCAUCACAGAGCCUCCCUCGGAAUUAUCAUUGCCUAUGGACAAACAUGAAAUACUGUCUGAGUGCCUGUAGCUUCCAUCUACUAACAUACUAGAUUUAAAUUAUUGCAUUCUCUAUAACUAACUACCAUUGUCAUAUUCCUAUAUUAGGAUGUGAAGAUAUCAUAAUGUGUUUAGUGUUGCUUUUCAUAUCUGUGAACGCUGAAUGGCCUGUACAGGUGCAUCUCAAAAUGAUAGAAUAUUGUAGAAAAAGUUAAUAAUUUCAGUAGUUCAACUCAAAAGUGGACUCUACAUUGUACUGUAUUUUAUUUCUGCACAGACAGAGGUCACUCAUUUUAAUUGCAGUAAUUAUGAUAAUUAAAGGAUUUUAGAUAUUUUUUUUUCUGCAAGCUAAAUGAUCAUAGUUCAGUACUGUAUGUUUUACAGACACUUCAUAAUAUAUAGACUUUUUUUUGUUAAUACAACUUUUUUAUUAUUAUUUUGAGAUGCACUUUUACAUCUAAGUAGGAAACGGAAAGAUGUAGCUAAACUGAAAAAGUGAACCACAGCGGUUGUCAUAUCCCUUUACCCACUGUUAAGGUUAAGAUUGUUGUUGUACCUUGUUCCUUGCAUGCAGUUGCUUUAAAUGCUUACAAAAUGAAGGACUAAACUGCUGAAAAUGAAGCUAAAUGUACAUGUAUGUGUGAACCAAAUAUGCUGGAUCCUUGUGGUAAAAAAGUGAUAUCAUUGUGAAGCCUGAUGUGUAACAUGCUAACACAAAUAUUAUGAUUAUGUUUAAUAUAUGAAUGUAGUAUAAAACGUUUUAAACACUUUAAAUUUAGAUUUCAAAGUCUAAGUCUUUUUUGUCAUACAGACAGCAAAUUUAAACUGCCUGUUUAACUAAUGUACCUCAAAAUUUGUAAUUACCAAAAUGUUAUUAUGUUCUGCCACAGAGAUGUCAAAAUUAACAUUAACCUAUUUACAAUUAUGAUCAACACAAUCAAUAGCCUGAUCAUGUUGAGUUUAGUUAUUUUGGUUUACAUUAGACUUUUGUUUAAAAGAGCUUAUUACAUGAGCAGGUCGUACCUUGUAGCUAGCUAUAAGUGUUGAUGUAAAUAUUGUAAUUCAUUUAUUGACCUGUUUAUAGAGUUAUUUUAAAUUGUCCAUCAUAUAUUUUUGUUAGUACACUUAAGGUUACUGUGUAAACUAAUGAUGCCAAGUUAGAAGGGAUGGAAGGCAUACAGGUGUUGUUCAUUCAAACACAGCUCUCAUACCUGACAGCUCUUUGUGGGCUGUUGUGGUUGCUGGAGCAUGACAUUGUAGUUGUACUGGAUUUGACAUUAGCCAGUCUGUCAGUGUGAAGACACCUGUCUGCUUGUUAUAAAGGCUUCACUGUAAGCACUACAGUUUUUUUUUUUAAUCUUUUUUUCUUUUUUUUUUAUCCAAGUAUGAGGCUAAUUUGAAACUGUUUUAAUGCUGCAAAUAAAACCAAUAUUUCAGGAUAUCACCAAUUAAGAAUAUGUAGUAGUCUGAUCCACUCAUACCUCAGGUUAUGACUGAUGAUAAACAUAAUGUUAGAGGGCUGUUGUAUGCAAUUCUCCAACCAAUGCCUUAAAUAUCUAUGUUUACUUGUAUUUAUAUAAUUUUGUAUUGACAAAUUUGAAAUGUGCAUUUAUAAAAAUCUUUAUCAGGAUGUGUUGCAGCUGCUACAUUGCAAUGUAGUCUUUUGUGUUAAGCAUGAAAAAAAUCACAGAUUUUGUUUGUACUGUUAGAAGUAAUUCUCACUGCUG